CGCUAUAAUAACUUCACAUAAGAGACAACUGCUACACAAAGUAAGUAGAGCGUAUUAUGUAUCAUGGGUGCUUGCACAUCCCGCCGUCAUCAGUCAGUUAAACCUUGACAUUCGUUGACACUGUGUUAUAGUGAGAUGACGUUGGAAAAUCUUCUGUCCCAAGUGGGACUUGGAACAAAGCAACUGACUGACAGAUAUUCAGAAAUACCAGUUCACGACCACCACGUAUAUUAUGCGUACGAGCCAUCUGCCCCAUCACACGGGGCUUCUGCAAAACACAAUUAUGGAGGAGGUCACAAGAGUGGCGCGUCAAUGUCUGCGCUCACGCUCCUAGCAUUCUUGUUUUUUCUUCACAUUUUGCAGCAAUGCAUUAAAGAUCACAUGACAGAAAUGAGUACACCUCCUGUCAUGAUAAUGACUGCAGGGAGAGAAGGCGAUGACACACAGGCAAUCACAAAAUCAGCUGCUUUUAAUAAAAUUGAUAAAACCGGAAUGACAGAAACAUCCGAAACACACAGAAUGCAAAAUAAAGUAAACGAAAAGAGUAGUGAAAAAAAUCCGUACAAUAAUAAUUCUUCGAAUAAACAACAAUUAACAAAGGUUAAAACCGCUGAUGAUACAAAAUCAGAAGACACGAAAAACAAAUAUGUUUUUAAAAGUUAUCCAAAUCGCAGUUCUUAUUUUGCUGGUCUUUAUAGCGCAAUGGAUGAAGAAUAAAUUACUUUUAUAAAAAAUUUAAAUUUUGUUAAAUAAAAUAUACACAAAUUAUUUUUACUAUAUAAGAUUU